CUUCUCAUGGCGGACAUCUUCGUAGUGGCAUGGCCUACCUAGCAGCCCUCCUCGGCUUUGUCCAUUGGUUAUCCUGUUUUGGCGCAGCCAUAAAUUCUCCUUUACCUCAUAUCCCACUCGUCGGGAAGUCGUACAACUCGACAUGCCUCAUUUUACUUGCCAUAGUCCGCGGCAAGACACAUUCGGGGCCCGUAUGGGCACGGCGUUCCGACAAUGACGAGAACAAAGUGGUGGUGACAGAUACAGGCACAGGCGGCACCGCGAUUGAGCUCGUACAUCUCUUCUACGACGAGUGGCCGACGGGAAUCGCGGUGUCGUCCACGGGGCGCAAGUUUGCCAACUACCCUGGUGGACUUGAUUACAAUGACACGAACACGGGCAACAACGGAAAAUACACCGUCGCAGAGCUCGUUACCAACGCCACGGAGUCGGCGUACCCGAGCUUAGAGAUGAAUAGCCCGCCUGGGGGAGCCAUCAACUACACAACCAACCCGCCGACCGCCGCCGGUUACGCCGACUACCUCAUUGGCGUGCAGAGCGUGGUGAUCGACAGCGCGGACAGGCUGUGGAUCGUUGAUACCGGCCGCGUACUGAACGAGAACGGCACUCUCAUGCUGGCCUCGUACGGUGGGCCUAAGCUCGUCGGUGUCGACCUAACGACGGACAAGGUCUUCCAGACGAUCGUCUUCCCACAAACCGUCGCGUUCCCCGACUCAUACCUGAACGACGUCCGGUUCGACCUCCGCCCGAACGUGACCGCAAGUGGGCAGGGGAUUGCGUACCUCACGGACUCGAGCGUCGAGGGGCGCACGGGCCUCGUCGUCGUCGACCUCGGCACGGGCGAGUCGUGGCGACACCUCGACUACACGACGUACGUGCAGGCCGACCGGCAGUUCGUCGCGUACGUCUGGGGGAAGCAGCUCUACGCCAACUCGCCGGGCAAUCCGUUCGGGUACAUCACGUUCGGCGUCGACGGUAUCGCGAUCUCGGCUAACGGCGAGGACCUGUUCUUCGGCGGCGUCGGCACGCGGUACAUGUACUCCAUACCGACGUCGUACCUGCGCGACAACUCGGUCAACUCGGACGCGCUCGCGCAGGGGGCGGUGGUGACGCGCACGCAGAAGGGCGUCGCGGAUGGGUUUGAGACGGACACGAACAACUUCAUCUACCACGGCAACAUGGAGCAGGAGGCCAUCUCGUUCUUCAACCCGGCCAACGGGACGGACCAGAUAUUCGUGCGCGAUCCGCGCAUUAAUUGGGUCGACACGAUGAGCGUUGCCACGGACGGGUACCUGUACUUCACGGUUAACCAGCUGUGCUUCGGUCCGCUGAUGUAUCCCGGCACGGAUACGAGGCAGAGGCCGUUCGCCAUGUUCAGGGCAAAGCUGCCGAACAAUGGCACGAAGAUCGGGGUCAACGGGACCACAGUUUGAGCCGGGAUGAUGUUGAUGAUGAGUGGAAAGAGCAGAAGGACCUGCAGACGGGGUGCCAAAAUAAACGUCAUUUUUUUUCCUUUGCGCGUUUUUAUCAUUCGAACUUCGAAGUUUUUCUGUGCCAUAUCCUUGCAUCAUUGUU